AUGGGUGUACCGACCCGUAUCACUGGCUGGAAAUUCGAGGCUAGUGGUAGUAAGCCGCGUGUUUGCUCUGCAAAUGAAACUCACGCGGUUAUGACCUCAGGCAAUCACAAGGUCUUUAAAGCAGGGAAGCCUCUUCCUAAACUGGAAAAUGUCGACGAUCUGAAGGCCGCUCUUGCUGUGGUUGGAGUUAUUUGA